ACGAACUUCAGUUGGUUGUUUAUUUGAAUUUCAUUGUUUGUCCCUUGUAUUAUUUUGUAUAUUUAUUUUGUUCAACGUAUAAAAAUAUGGCUGUAAUAGACGAUAACUGGAAUUUCCGCAUAGAAAACAUGAGAAAUGACAGCUGUAAAGACUUUGAAUCACGUGUUAAGUGUUUAUGUGACGAAGUUCUGCAGUUAAACGGCUUCAGAGUACAGCAAUAUGAUACCAACAAUAUUUCUCCUAGUAACGACGAAGAAUUAAAAAUUCUCAUUGACAACAAUAAACAACUUCGUAAUGAAAUUGAAAAGAAACACGAGGAGCUCUCCAAACAGAAAAAUCAGUAUGAAAAUUUUAAGCAAGAUCAGAAGCUGCUGUCUCAAGAAGUGAAGGACACCCACGAAGCUUUCCUUAUGGCUAAAAAAUUUUACAAAAAAUACUUGAAAAUGUAUUAUACAACCGAAUUGAAAAAUGGUGAUAAACAGACAAUAUACAUUCAGUUUUUUACUGAAGCUAAAAAAGAGUCUGAAUACUACUCCAUCCGGCUGCACAGAGACUGUAAAACAGAACAUUAUGAAUUGUUUGAAACUACUCCAAAAGUGCCAAUAUUUGAAGAGCUGAAGAAAAGUCUACAGGAAACAAAUGAUGUUGCUGGAAUGCUUUGUAGCAUAAGGCAAGCUUUCAUGAAGAUAAAAAAAAGUAAAAAGUUAUGAAGGUUAACAGACAUCACCUAAGUAAUAAUAAGCUAUUGCAUGACAACUAACAUAACAAUAUAUUUUAGACAAUAGUGCUGAUUUCAGUACACACCAUCUCCGGUACUCAUCAUCUAUAACCAGACAGAAUUACGUAGACAGCAUGCGUCAAGCAGGUUGCAUAUCAGCAAGAUGUCUAUAAUAUUCGCCCGGGUUAUUAUUUCAUUUUAAUCUUAAUAGUUGUUUAUCUGUUGCUUUCCUUUUUGGCAAAUAUGAAAAUGACAGGAUACUAUUUUAAGAGUUGUCUGAAUUGGGGUCAAUAUCAGAAUAGAAUAAUAUUCAUUGCUAAUAAGAAAUAUUUUUAAAUAUACCAAGUGUAGAUUAAUAAGUUUUAAAAUAUUUUAAUGUGGAAAAACUCAGUAUGUAAUAAAAGAAUGAGUAAAAUAUAGAAAUAUUUUUAUUUGUAACCAUUUAAAUACUUUAGAUAUAAAACUAUUAUAUUAACAGAAUACAAUUCCAUAGUGAGGUAUUACACUGGCAAUUGCCACACAACAUACAUCAUAAAACUUAUCAAUCUCAGUUCCCAGAUGUACCUACAAAUUAGACGGACUUUUGAAAUGAGAAACUAGAAGAUGUAGUGUCACAUCUAGCUUGCAUGUGGUUUUACAUGCAUUUCUAUAUUGGAUUAUGUGUAUUUAAAUACAUUCCACUAAAUUUAGUGAUGUGUUUAAGCAAAUAUCAUAAUCCUGAUAUUUUUGUCUGUCCUUGACUUCCUCAUUCAGAAGUGAACCAACAUUGUUUUUUCUAACAUAAAUAAUGUUUAGUCACAAAAUUUGAAUGAACAAAAUCUUACACCCUAAUAUGGACUUAGCCAUCAUAAUAAUAAUUCUAACAAUAAUAGUUGCCAAAGUUGUCAGAUUCUCAACAAUAUUAAAAAAAUAAUUGUAAACAUGUAGUGAUAACUGCAAUAUAAGAGAUAUGUUGUUAUACAUAAAUGUAUUUGUGUUAAGAAACACUUCUUUCAAUCAAAAUGAUUGAGAUACAAUAAAUAAAUCUAUUAACUAAUAA